CUCUUGUUAGUUAAGGAUACACUAAACGUUGGUGCUCGAGGAGGACCUGGCUGCGUAUUAUGCCUUCGCUAGAGGCUGGAGUGUUGGGAGAAGCGCCGUGCAUGGCACGGGGGCUUCCCUGAGUCGACUGUGGGAGUAUUUGUGGUGCAGUGCCUGGCACUACCAGUGCCAGAACUUGGCCAGUGCUUGUAGCAGCGAGCCAUUGUCAGGUGUGGUGUUAACCACAGCACGUGUGCGAGGCUUGGCGUCAUCUGUGCCUCGGGCACGAGUGUGUAUAGCGUGCGGUGUGAAGUCCUUGGAAGAUGGUGUACCUAAAGGCCUAAGCCAGGAGGCCAAGUAAAUAAUUAUCAAAAGGCACCCAACUGGGAAGGCUAUGUAGCACUACCAAAUGUGUGGAGUAAUCAGAGGAUGCUAAAUAUCACCAAGGAUGCCAAUACGAGAACAGAAACGCAUAAGGCAAACAAUAUCAAAAGUAUCUGUUUCACCAAGAAUUCUACCGAGGGACAAUUGACCGCGAGGGACAGUCGGAAAGCAAGACACACGCUCGUCCCGGAAGUCAGGACAUUCAACAAAAAUGUGCACGACCAUAUUCGACCAGUAAGACGGGCUCCUCCUCCCCCAAAGUUUCGACCAAUGGGGCCACAACCACGGAAUGAUGAUCUGCUAGUCAUACAAACUGAGGGAGAAGAGAUACCUCGACCAGUCCCUAGAGCAUCAAGACUAUCAUCUCGGAGAACUAACCAGAAUGGCCUAUCAAGAUCAGCUUCACUACCUCUUGCCAAUAGUAUGCUGAAGAAGGUGCCACCACCAAGACCACCUCCACCGAAAUUUAAUCCUUCACAGCCCACCCUGGAAAAACCACACCCAAUUUUUCACAGAUUGCAUAAGUUGUCAGUUAGAAAGAAGGGCCAUCAUCAGCUAGAACAUAAUGGUACAUCAAAGAGCAGCAGUAUUGUGGGUGGGAUGUUUGGCAAGCUUCGUGGUCCCCCACCAUCCCGGCCCAGACAUUCACCAGCACACGGCACCACGUCUGCUCCAAGCACACCUGUGUGUGAAGCUUCGUUAAUCGAUUUUUCAUCCCCACCUAGCUCGCCCACGACAAGAUCAGGCAGUGAUGGCCUCAGUGUCAACAGCUUUGGUAGCGAAUCUUCUACUGGGAAUCAGAGCUUAGGCUUUGAUGAUAUUUUUGAUCCUUUUAGCUCUAUUCAGGAUGCCAGUACUUUUGUGCCACCAAGAAAAGUGGGUGGAUCUUCAUUUUUUUCUUAUGCUCCUGCUGCUUGUACUGUAUCGGAGACUAAUGAGAACCAAGAUCCUUUUGAUAUGUUGGCUCGUAGAGCAGAUAUGAACAGUAUUCAGUUAAAUAAACCUAAGAAUCCUGCUGUGCCAAUACAGAAUUCUUCCCUUCCAUCAACAAUCUCUAGUACAAUAACACAAUCGGCUAAUCAAUUUAGCAGCAAUAAACAAGAACAGAAAAACUUUAGGCCCACAAUUAUCCGUCCGAAGGCACCAGUGUCGAGUAGUUUGGUUGAGAGUGCAGGUGACAGUAACAUUAACAUGAACAACCAUUAUUUAGAGUUGGGAAGUGUUGACUGGAGUGUUGCAACAAAAGGCUCGAGUACAAGUGUUGUGAAGUCCUCCAGUGGGUGGGACACUGGCACUACUAUUAUCGAUCAAACUAUUCUAGAAGAACCCCCACCAUUACCGCCACGUCCAGAAGCCGAGGAUGAGGAUGAAGAUAGACCACACGGUAUUGCAGAGUUUGACUUUGUUGCUAACCAUUCUGGUGAUCUGGAUUUCAAGGUUGGUGAUGUAAUCCAGCUUCUCUACCGAAUUAAUGACGAGUGGCUCUUUGGGCGGUGUGGACUCAAAGAGGGCAUGUUCCCACAGGCCUUUGUUAAGAUAGUAGUACCUCUUGCUGGCGAACAGCCGCCAGCUGAGUUAUCUAGUCAAUCAACUUCUACAAGUGUGAUAAAUACAGGAAGCUCGAUUCAGUCUGGUAUCUCCAAUGCUAGCAGUGGUUCCUCUCAAGUCGUUACAGCUGUGUAUACUUUCCAGGCCGAGGCACCAGAGGACCUCACCAUACAUGAGGGCAGUGAGGUCCAUGUGAUUGGGCGCCUGAAUGAUCAAUGGCUGUAUGGUCAGUGCAAUGGGAAAUAUGGUCAAUUUCCAGGAAACUUUGUUGAUAGAAUACCUCCCAAUCUUCCACAGAUGUGACAUAAAUGUAAAUAGGUAGCUAAAUAUAGAAUAUUUCUUAAUUGAGAGUUAACCAAUUUACCUAUUGAAAUACUCGACUGUGACACGUCGUUAAAGUCUUCAGAAAUGGUUCUAGCUUUGCAUUUGUAAAGGAAUAGCAUUGUCUACCUCUUCCAACAAAGCUUAUUUGCAUUAAUGAUGUUAAACAUGAAGUUCCUUGCAAAACCUUGCUUAGACAUUUUAUUAUUUUUUUGUAAAGAGGCUUUGACAGUGGCUAAAAAGUGCAUAUCUCUGUUGUACAAACUUAGGAGAAAUGUGCUUACUAUUUCAACUAUACCAAUUAUUAAGAUUCAAGAAGAUGGUAGUCAACGGGUAUUAUGUGCUGUUUUAUUAGUAAUGUAGGUAAAUGUUGAGGAAAUAUAUCAGAACUAUGGAAUAAAACAAAUUACAAUGGAUUAGACAGACAUAGGAAGGUUACCAAUUCUGUAUAAAUAGCACUAAUGUAUUACCCUUCUGGUCUGAAAAUACUGUACUGCUCUUUGAUGCAGGUAUUGGUAUGUAACUUAAAUGCCACAUUUUCUGCGUCAGAAAUGCCUAUUUCAUCUUAACUUUAAGACAAAUUAUCACAUCAACUAGGCACCGUAACACUUGUUUGUAUUGUAUAUUGGAAUUACUCACACAUGCACUCCAUAAAUCCCUUAAAUAUUAUAUUUGUAAUAUAAAACUGGUAUAUAUUGUUCAAAGACCACUAAUAUUACUGUGAAAAAAGCAGUACAUAUAUAUUCCUGAAUUUCUCGGUACUGUGCUGAUGGCACAUCAAAUACUAUGGUAUUUAUUUAAGGGAAGUUUUCUAUAACCUGAAUGCCCAUCCCUGUAUGUUGGUGAAAUACCUAGGGACAAUUUAAGAUUAUACUAAUGUUGGUGUGUUAUUAAGAUGUGGGGGAAGUACAUCUUUCAUUAAAAGCAAAUCACUUGAAUAUUUUUAUUUAUUAGAGUACUGAAUGUUGAAGUAAAUUCAGCAUUAUUAACUAUUAAUACAAAGCAGAGAGAGAGUGAGUUGUUAAUUGUUUUGGAGUCAAGCUUUCUAUACAUUUGAUAUCCAAGUUUUAUUACUAUUUAAUUUUACAUUGUGGUUUGUUAUACCUUAAUGUUUUUCUGCUGCCAAUAUUUUUGGAAAGCAUUUUUCUAGUGUCAAUGGUCAGCAUUACGGUAAGCUCGCUAUUGUUUUCCCAAAAAACUUGGACUCUAGUGAUAAAAUUCUUUAUUUUAUUACUGUUUCAGUGCCAAAGUGAAAAUGAGAUCAAAUAUAUAUAACAAGAUGAAGAAAUAUCUUAAGAGACCCCUUAAAGUAUAAAAGAUGUGAUAAAAUGUACGAUAUAAUGUAAUGAGUAAGAAGUGCUAGAAAAGUUCCUCUUUUCAUUAUAUUAGCUUAAAAUGUAUUGUAACACAUUUGAGUUGGAUUGGUAAGAAUAUCCUUCGGUUAGCAAGAAGCUAAUAAAUUCAGUGUUCAACAAAUUAUAUUAUCAUACCAGAUUCAACCAAGAGGCUAUAUUUUCCAGAAGAGAAAGCAUAGUUGGAUUUUUCAUGUGUACACACGCACGCAACACAUGAAUAUUCAAUGCAUUUGACCAAUAAAAGACCACUUCUGAACUCGCUAUAUUUUAUAUUGUCCCAGGACCUUUUAACCAUCCUUGGGAAUUUGUCUUCCUUAGAAUGGGUGUUUUAUCUGCAUCUUUAAUGCAAGACCUUUUACACACACAUGCACACGAGUUAAGUUCCUCCUCCCCUUUCGGCUGUGUGUGUGUACACAUUUGGAGCCAAUUCAUCUGUUCCAGAAAAUAAACCUAUCGGAAGGAUAGCUAAAAAUAUGGCCUCACUUCUUCCACUGUCACGUGAUGUAUAUAGCACGUAUUCUGUAGAUCAAUUAAUAUUUACUUACUAGAGCAAAUAAAGAGCAUAGAACCAAGUACUGUACUGUAUCAGAUUAUGUUGAAUUAGACUUAAGACAAAAUUUUAAAAUACAGUAUAACUUUUACAGAUUAAUAUGUACAAUGUACUAAAAGAUAACUGAAUAAUAUAGGCAUUAUUGGAUUUAGUUUCGUAUUGAAGUUAAAAUUGAGGAAAAUUAUUGGACAUGAAAUAUUAUUAAACGUAACUUUAACGCAAAUAAGUUGUCUUAUUUUUUAAUGACUUGAUGUUGAUGCUCAAUUUUUCAGCUGAUCAUAAACCAAAGAUGUAAUAUGUAUUUACAACUGUUUGACUUUGUGUACUUACUGUAGUGGAAUAAAGCAACAUUGGGUAAUUGUAACAAGAUAAGUUUAAUACAACUUGACAAAUUAACAUUGGACCAUGGAGUAAACAAAGCAUGUUUUAUUUCAUAAAGGCAGUAUAAAUGCAAAAAUUUAAGUCAUCCAAGGUAACUUUUGUUACUUUGGAUGGCUUGCACUAUUGAAGUUGUGCAUCACCACAAUAAUUAUAAUAAAAUGGUACAGUUGAAGAGAAUGCUUUCCAUAUUCUAACUGUUGUAUACAGUAUUACAAUUCUCCCUGGAAGAUAUAAUUGCCAUUAUUCAUAUAAUAAUGUUAAGCACUGUUUUGGUUCCAAGUGAGUAACUGAAGAUCGUUAAAAGUACUGUACGGUUUAUUAGAUGGUGCUGUACUGUUGUAUACAUGUAGAACUGUCAUUGUUCUACAUUACUUUCUAUCACUAGUAGGAAAGUAGAAAGUGUUGGAUACUUUUUUUCCACAUGUCCCACUACUUUUCAGUAAUGGGUUAGCCUGCUAAACAUUGUUGUUGUUUGUAAUUUUUGCAGAUGUUUCAUAACAUUUCUUCAAUGAGAUGAAAUCGAUAGGAAUUGUUUAGGAGGGAAAAAUGAAGUAUUGCUCAAUUUGUUGGCAUAUUAAAUCAAAAGUGCAGCGACUUAAUUUAUAAAUUUAUCAUGCAAGGCUUCUGAAAUGUUUAUUUGUGAAACUUCAUUCAAUAGUGGUUAAUGUUGUGUAGACAUCAUGUUUGUAUUUCUGUACUGAAAAUAUCAGAUGAUGAUGGGUUUGAUACCAGUUACAGUAUUGGCAUCAUUAUCAUAUUAGCAUUCCACCCAAUACCUUUUACUAAUUAUUGCUCAGUUAUGCCUGCUAAUCAGAUAAUAAAUUUAUAAUUAA